AGUGGAGAAAAUACGCGGGGAGACAGGAGACGGUGCAUGUGGACUUGAAACGCCAGGCUAUGAAGUGAAGGAAAAGAAAAGGCAAGUAAUUUCUUUAAUGGCAGGUGGGUUUUUGCUGAUCAACGUUGACCUGUCGCUUUUCCUUUCCUCUCACCUCACGCACUUUAUUCCAUCUCUUGAAUUUUAGGCCGUUUGUUUCCAAUACAAAAAUCUCUUAAUAUCACAAAUAACUUCCAUUUCAGACUUUCCUAUUGUUGUUUUCUCUUUCUCUCAAAGCUUAACUAUCUAGGAGAAGAGGGGUUCUCUUUUUGUCCUCUCCUGCGGUCAUUCUAACAUGGCUUCCUCAAGAUGGAUUAGGCCUGAGGUGUUUCCACUAUUCGCAUCUGUUGGCGUGGCAGUUGGGAUUUGUGCGAUGCAACUUGUGAGGAAUAUAUGCACCAAUCCUGAAGUGAGGGUAACCAAAGAGAACAGGGCUGCAGGAGUGCUCGACAACUUUAAGGAGGGUGAGAAAUAUGCAGAACAUGGUCUUCGGAAGUUUGUCCGAAACAAAACCCCCCAGAUCAUGCCAUCUAUCAACGGUUUCUUCUCAGACCCAGAUCCUCCAACUAACUAAAACCGUUGGCAUCUUUCACGUCCGAGAUUUGGAGAAAGAAGAGCAACGAAAAUAUUUUUUGUUUCCUCUUCUUUUUACUACAGAUUUUUGAUUUGAUACUUUUUU